AUGGUUAUGUUGGAAGAUGAUAAGCUUCAAUAUGAGCAUGACAUAAGAACUGGAACUAUUUGGACCAGUAUUGCUCAUAUCAUCACCGCCAUGAUUGGAGCAGUUGUCACCUACAUAUCGACGUCCCUCAUAUCAGACUGUAACAGGUCACCUCACCUUGUGAUUGGAACACAAAACUCCUCUUACAUGGAUGCUAUUAGAGUUAUUAUUGGUAGUAACAGACCCAUAUAUCUUCCUCCUUUGUGA